CUCGAAGCUUAGCAAAUUAAUUUAGUAACUUACUACUUACACACACAAAGACACAAAAUAAAAUGGCCGAUAAACCAAAACGUCCGCUCUCUGCUUAUAUGCUGUGGUUGAACAGCGCACGCGAGGGGAUCAAACGCGAGAAUCCUGGCAUCAAAGUCACCGAGGUGGCCAAGCGUGGAGGUGAAUUAUGGAGAGCAAUGAAGGAUAAGUCGGAGUGGGAGGCAAAGGCAGCCAAGGCCAAGGACGAUUACGAUCGUGCCGUGAAGGACUUUGAGGCCAAUGGCGGUGGUGGUGGUGCGCCGAAUGGAAAUGCCAAGAAACGCUCAAAGCCUGCCAAAAAGCCAGCGAAAAAAAGCAAAAAGGAGGAAUCCGAAGAUGACGACGAUGAGGAGAGCGAGUAAAGCAUUGUUACUUUGUUGGCAUAAUUAAGGGAAACCACAAGAACAAAUAUAGUGGACCUCCUCCUCAUUCAGUCAAUCCCAUUUCGUCUAAGCUACACCACCAACCCACACACACUCCACACAAAC